ACUUACAAGCUACACACUAUUCCAUCUUGUCCUCCUUUCUUAGUCACAUAUUACCUCCAUAAAAUCCAUGAGAUUAUCUCACCAACGUUUCAAUCUCUCUCUCUCUCUCUACACAUCUAUAUAAACCAAUCCUGGCUCCUGUUAGAGUGUUACCAACACAAUGAAAUACGGAGAAAUAACUCACUUCAGUCACCCUCAGCACAAGUUAAGGUUUGAGUACAUAGAAGUACCAUUUAAGUGUGAUGGGUGCAAAGAAGUGGGAAUAGGGUCACGUUACAAAUGUAGCAUUUGUGACUUUGAUCUACACAUACACUGUGCCCUCCCUUCUCCCUCCAUCUACCACCCUUUCUACAAGAAGUGUUCCUUCCAGUUCUUUGCCCGACCCCCCGGCAACGUCCCACGAUUCUGUAAUGCCUGUGAGAAGGAUGUAAAUGGAUUCGUCUAUCAUUGCAAGUCGUGCGGGUUCGACCUUCACCCAACUUGUGCGAACCUCCCUCGCGUGCUCGACGAUGGAGAGGUGAAGCUCUACUUGUACCGGAAGGUGAGUUCGGCAUGCCACAAGUGUGGGAGGAAGGGGCGGAGCUGGAGCUACCGGUCGAGUUGUAAGAAGUAUAACUUGCAUGUGGCCUGUGUCAGGGAAAUACUAGUGGAGAGCUGGCACGAGCUCUAUUUUGGGCGUGGAAACGGAAACGGUAUCAAGAAGUUGGAGACUAGAAUUCCAAGCCUCAAAGGAACAUUCAAUGUUCAGCAUCGAAGCAAAGGCAAGGUCAAGAAGUGUUGUGAGAUGGCUGGGAUGGCCAUUCAAUUCAUUAUCUCGGCUGUUCUUGGAGACCCUACCACUCUCAUUGCUGGAGUUGUUGGAUCACUAAUCUCAAAAUCAUGACAAGAUUGUUGGUUGGGAGGACUUGGGAGUAAGCUGUUGCAUAUGGCUUUAGUGGAUGGGUUUGUAAUGGGCUAAAAAGGUUUUGGGCCAUGGAUGGGUUUGUAAUGGGCCUUUUAUCCAGAAUUUUAGUCUUUUUUUUUAAUAUGGCUUUAUUUUUAAUAAGUUGCAAGGCCGCCCAAUCAGGAAUUCAGGAUGCAUAGACAUAGAAAGAACGUUAAGAGCAUGAAAGGAUCCAAGUGGAAUAUGGGCCUCAAAGAACGAGAUGACAAGGGUUUGUUGGUGAAUAAACACUCCUAACUCCUAAGCCCAUGUAUUAAUGAGAAUAUUCUGGAUUAACUAUGUUCUUUCUUGGGUGGUUUAAGGGCUUCCAGUGCAAGCGUUAUUAUUGGCUAA